AUGGCAUCCACCGGCAACGGUGGCGACAGCAAGGCCGCUGCCUCCUCGUUGUCUCCGCAGAAGGCGGGGAUGGUGGCGCCUCUCACGUCGGCGCCGCCCCUGACUGCCUCAACCACGUCCCCUUCGCGCCUCAACUCGAUGCGCACCGCGAAUGCCUCUGCCUCUUCCAAGAACAACGCGCCCACCGGGCCAAGCAAGAAGGGUGGCACAGCGGUGAAACCCUCCCCCGAGGUCGGCGGCAAAGCAGCCGCCGGCUCGUCUGAGCCUGAGCCGCGCGCGUCGGUGAACAUAGACCGCCAAAGCAAGCCGAACGCGAAUAGCGUGAACGCCUCCAAUGUCGCCGACAGCACCAAUGCUCCGUCUGGUAAGCGCCCUGAUCACGGCCGCCGCGGUCGGCGGCAAGAGUGCUCGAGCUGGUUCGACGCGGAGAAGCCUGCAAAAGCAGAUCGCCCCGCCGACAAGGAGCUGAACCAGAACGUGCAGAUCGUCCAAGACGACAUCCCCGACGCGGAGCAGGCCCAUCGCGAGCAAGCGGAGCGGGCGCAGCGGCAGAAGGAGAAGCUUGCGCGGCACAUCUCCGAGUCACCGACGGGCUUCCAGGCGACGCUGCCACGUCUCAACGAACUCGACGUCACGAACAGCUGGGACAAGUUGCUGCGGAUGAUGCGCAGCGAGUUCGACAUGUCGUGCCUCACGAGCUGCCUGGCACGGGAGCUGGACGAGGAUGUCGCGUGGAACCCGGAGAUGCUGCUGGUGCAGCUCACCUCCGACAUGCUGGACGCGGCCGAGUUGCAGAAGGAUGGCGGGGAGGCGUACGUGCCGGUGGACGCCAGCGACAUUGGCCAGAUGACCGGCGGCGAGGUGGCGCGAAGGCGCAAAGAGAAGCGCUCGACGACAACGGCUGGGGGUGCCGCACCAGCGGCCGGCGCCGCAGGAGGAACAGAACGCGAGCCAGAGAAGGGCUCCGAAAAGCCUGCGGCUGCUUCACCGACCCCGGCGUUUCAGGCCGCAGCGUCGAAGGCACUGCGUAAGCAGACCACCACUGAUCCGGCUGCCGCGGCGCCUAGCAGCAAAAAGGCGCGCGACACCGACAACGCCGCAUCCACAUCGACCGCCAACUCCUCGUCGACCCGCAAGCGAUCCGCCGCCGGCUCCAGGUCGGGAGAGGCUAGUGGAGGCGGCGGCAACAACACGAAUGCCUCGUCAUCGACGGCGAAGGGUGAUAGCGCGGACGACACCAAGAGUUCUAAGAGCACUUCUUUGAAGGCGCAAGUGUCGAAGCUCUUCUCGAAGUAG